UUUCGUCCCGGCAGGCAGGCAGGCGGCAGCGAUGGAGCCGCGCAUCGGCAACAAGUUCCGCGUCGGCCGCAAGCUCGGGAGCGGCUCCUUCGGGGAGAUCUACCUCGGCACCAACGUGCAGACCAACGAGGAGGUUGCGAUCAAGCUCGAAAAUGUCAAGACAAAGCAUCCACAGCUGCUGUACGAGUCCAAGCUAUACAGAAUACUUCAAGGAGGAACUGGAAUUCCAAAUGUCAAGUGGUUUGGUGUGGAGGGUGAUUACAAUGUUUUGGUGAUGGACUUACUGGGGCCAAGCCUUGAGGAUCUCUUCAGCUUCUGUAACAGGAAACUGUCACUCAAAACUGUUUUGAUGCUCGCUGAUCAAAUGAUCAAUCGUGUCGAAUUCGUUCAUUCCAAGUCUUUCUUGCAUAGAGAUAUCAAGCCGGACAAUUUUCUCAUGGGUCUCGGGAAAAGGGCAAAUCAGGUUUAUUGUAUAGAUUUUGGUCUUGCGAAGAAGUAUAGGGAUACGUCGACACACCAGCACAUUCCAUACAGAGAGAACAAGAACUUGACAGGAACGGCCAGAUAUGCAAGUGUUAACACACAUCUUGGAAUUGAACAAAGCCGGAGGGAUGAUAUGGAGUCUCUUGGAUAUGUGCUGAUGUACUUCUUAAGAGGAAGUCUUCCAUGGCAGGGUCUAAAAGCUGGGAACAAGAAACAGAAGUACGAGAAGAUCAGCGAAAGGAAGAUCGCUACCUCAACCGAGGCCCUCUGCCGUGGAUAUCCUACUGAAUUCGCGUCUUAUUUCCAUUACUGUCGCUCGCUGCGCUUUGAAGAUACGCCAGACUACCAGUAUCUGAAGAGAUUGUUCAGAGACCUUUUUAUUCGAGAGGGGUUUCAGUUUGAUUAUGUUUUCGACUGGACGAUUCUUAAGUACCAACAGUCACAGAUGACCAGUGCUCCACCGCGUGCUAUGGCUGCGGCAGCAGGACAAAGCUCUGGGAUGGCUCCUAUGGCAAAUCGACAGUCAGCCACGGAAGAGGGGAGGAGGAGUGGGUGGUCAGACAUGGAUGCCAUGCGGCGCCAGGUCCCACCUCCAGCCAUAAAUGCCGGCAGCCUAGCCAAGCAGAAGUCGCCUAUCAGACAUGACCAGUCCACCUCGAAAGAUGCCAUCUACUCCAGCUCGACAUUCAUGGGGCGGUCAAGCGGGUCCUCCAGGCGGCCUGCUGUCUCUAGCAGCCGGGACCCAAGCACGGACGCGGAGCAGGCACGCAGCCGCACGACAGACGCGAGCCCGGGCGGCACGUUCCAGCGGUCCGCCCCGCGGUGGAGCCCGCAGCAGGCAGACUCCUCCGACGCAGCCAACAACAACAACCGGAGGUCGUCCUCCGGUGGCAGGCACCUGUCGUCGUCGAGCGCCAACGCUGCCAAGAACUACGAGUCGACGGUGAGGGGCAUCCAGGGCCUGAACUUCGACGGCGACGACAGGAACAACUACUAAUAGCACCGGGUCUUGCCAUGACGGAGGCGCUGAAAUAAGAGGCGGUGUGUCUGGUGGGGGUGUGGGUUCUCGGCCUGCUGGCGGCUAUAUAACCGGCUUGCAGCAGAGGCCGUAUCGGUGUUUCACGCGGUUGCCUUUAAUUUGUACAGUUUCUGAUCUUUGUUGUGGUUGCGCCCCCUCUCAUGCAAGAAGAUUGUCGCUCGCGGCACUAAUUUAGUCCCAAGUUAACUUAGUCCGUUGGACAGACGGACGAGAUUCAGUGAUGUUGUAUUUUGGAGAGAUUUGUGCAGCAGGCAGGCUGGCUGGCACAUGCCCAUGAUUUGAUGUGCUUGUUUGGAAUUUGUUCAGUUAAAUUAAAAUGGCUGCCUGGGAAUAUAUGAUUUCGGCUUAUCUAGUA